GUACUGCCCUGUCCUGGCUUUGUUGCUGAUUGGCUGUCCAUAGCUUUUUGAAGUUAUGCUUGAAGUCCAGGCGUUGGAAGGUUUUCAUCAGAGAAGCAACGCGUGCAAAAAGAAUUGGUGUUCUGGCGCUGUGUUUGGGUGGCGACACACACACACACAUUUUGAAAGACUUCCGUCACCGCCGUCCACUGAGAGGACAUAAGUGUUCCUUGCCUUGACAGGGAAAGAGCGGAGCUGAAGUCUCGGAAAGAAGCCCCCAAAGCCUACUACGAGACAUAGAGCUGGAGGUAAUGGAGCUUCGGGCAAGCUUAGAAUUGAAAGGAUUGCAUCGAGAUGCCAUCCAGGAUGCCUGCAAGAAGAAGAAGAAAGAGAUGAUCGAGGAGCAUGAAGGCAAACAAGAUGAUGGCAAAAAGGACAUCCUUCAUCCAAUCUCUGAUACAGAUGUGAAAGAGAAAGAGAAAAAGGACAGGUCACUAGACAAGGACUUGAAAGAGAAAUCUCAGAAAGAUAAGGACGUGCAAAGAGAGAAGGAGCGAACACAAAAGGAAAAGGAUGUCACCAAGGAAAAGGACAAGGACAAGGACAAAAUAGACAAGGAUCCUGCAAAGGAGAAGGAGAGGGAGAAGGAGAAGGAGAAGGAGAAGGAGAGAGAGAAGGAAAAGAAGAAACAAGAAGAAGCUAAGAUGAAAGAGGCCAAAGAGAAAGAGAAACAGAGGGAGAAGGACAAAGAUAAAGAGAGACAGGAAAGGGACAAGGAACGGCUCAAGAAAGAGAAAGAAAAGGAAGGGGACCGAGAUAAGGAGAAGGAGCUUUGCUUGAUGGACAGUCUAAGAUGUUUUGGGGUGCCUGCUUUGCCCGCCCCUGGAAGGAGGGCAGGGGAUUGACGAAACAAAAGGUGGUAAAGCUAGCUUACAUUUGUGCCUACAGUGUUUGUACGUUCGAAGUACCUUUGUCUGGUGAUGGAAUGUGUACAGCAUUGCGGUGUCAACAUAGAAAUUACGUGUCCCUGUCCAGAGGCUUCUUGUGUUUUGCAAGCGUUUGGACUUAACAGGAACGGGAUCGCGAGCGUGAGAAAGGCAAGGAAAAGGCAUUUGACCGCAGAUUGAUGCGGGACAUUGUAUUGGGGCAUUGCCAUGGAGAUGCUGGACUGAAUGAGAGCAUGACCAGUGACUUGCAACCACCCUCAGGGUGCUCAGUUGUUUGAAGGAUAUUGUAUAUUGAGCUUUUUUUUGGAUAAAUGUUCAUGAGGAUCUUUGCUCCAGCGCAUGAACUCAUAUGUGAAAAUAUGAAGGUCCGGCCCAAAGAUUCGGAGAAAGAAGGCAAAGAGAAGGACAUCCCGAAAGCCCGCGAAAAAGACAAGGAAGACACCCGAAAUCCAAAGGAAAAAGCGAAACUUGUCAAGAGACGAAGCCCUCCAAGUAAGUCGCCACCAAACGCCAAGAAGAAGGCUGGGUAACAUGGGCUUGCAUUGGCAGCGCAUGGGCUUAGGACCUUGCUCUUUGCCUUUUUCAUCCUUUGCAAGGUGCGCAGGUAGCUCUUUUGCUGAAGUGACACUUGUCAUGUUUCUAGCAAGUGUGAGCAUUUCUGCGUUUGAGACAAGCUGAAGGGUGCUGGCGAACCAGAGUCACAACAUGAUUUAGCACAUGUCAACAGUUCCAUUUGUUGGUAAAGCCAAUCUAAUUCAUUGUUCAGAUUCAUUUCACAUGGUGGGUGUAUCACAAUUGCCAAUUGCCUUCCUACUCUGUUCAAGAGUAAGAAAGGACCUUGUUGGACAUUUCUGGACUUCUUGAUCAUGCCAGAAGACCUUGGCAAGUUCUUGACAAAGCCCCAAGACUUCACUCUUGAUCUGACUCCACAUGGCAUAUGCCGGUCGAACUCUCUGCAAAAUGCUUCGCAGACUUGAUGUCUCACAAGUCAUCCAGAGCGUGCAGCAGCAGUUGUGGCUGGUGAGGAA